AGAGAGAGAGAGAGAGAGAGAGAGAGAGAGAGAGAGAGAGAGAGACUUUCAGAAACUCAGGCAUUUAAGACUGCGCCACUGCUAGUAGAGUUCAGCUGACCACCUGUUGGACCGUAUCAACACACAUUGACUCUUUUUUCUUUUUAAUUAUUUUUAAUUUACAUUCUGAGACGCACUAAAAGAAGCCAGUACUGUUUUCUUUGGAUUGUCCUAGCAUGAUGAGACGAAAGCUUGACACACGGGAGAGAGGUUUCAACUUAAAGGACACUGAAAAGGAGACCAUGUGAAACGGGCUCCUGAGUGAAGCGGGUGAAGAGAGAUGGAGCUAAAGGUGUGGGUGGAUGGGGUGCAGCGUGUUGUCUGUGGCUUAUCAGAGGAGACAUCCUGUCAGGAUGUGGUCAUUGCCCUGGCUCAGGCAAUAGGGCAAACAGGCCGCUAUGUCCUAAUCCAGAAGCUAAGAGACACCGAGCGACAGCUUGUAGCUAAUGAGCGGCCCCUGGAAUCCCUGGCCAAACUGGGCCAGCUGAGCAGUGAGGUGCAGUUCAUCCUACGCCGCACUGGCCCCACCAGCAGCGAGGGCUCCGACCUAGACCAACUGCCUGCUAUUCCCAAGCUCCUGGAGCCUGAGGCCCCGAAGAAGAGAGACACCAAGAAGGCUCUCAGCUUCAAUCUGGGCCCCUCUACCUCAAUACACACACAUACUAAGCAGCUCAAAAAGGUGCCUAAAGAUCCUUUGGACCCAAGAGAACCCUCUGCACUGUCCUCAUCCCUUGCCCAAGUCGGGCCAUCCAAAGAGGACAUUUUCCGGCAGGUCCUUCAACAGAAGGGGAAGCUGCAGGCCCUCCAGGCCCAUCUGGAGGCUCUGGAACAGCAGGUGCAGGUUUUGGAGCAACCCCGGCCUCCUGGACUGUUCCCUGACCUGCAGGAGGAAAUGAGCCACCUGGGAGAGGCAUAUAGGUGCAACGAGGCUGAACUGGCCCACGGUGAGUACUGGGAGUCUGAGUACCACGCCGAAGUGCAGAGGGAGCAGGAGAUGCUGAGACAGCUCAGGGAGCUCCACACUUCUCUGGAUGAGCACAGCCGCCGGAUCCAUGAGACUGGAAACCAGUCUGAGAGACUUGAGCAAAACCUCCGGCUCCAAGUGGAGACCAGGAAGAAUGGUCUUCGUUAUACACGGGCAAGCAUGGAAGAGUCUCUGGGGCAGAUGAGGGGACAGCUAGAUAGUGCACAGCAUCAAGGUUCUGAGCUGGCCCUUUCCCUUGAGGAAACAGAAAAAGCUCUCAAGGUGGUAGUAGACCUGCUACAGGCUAAGAGCAAUGAAGUGGAUGAGCUGAAUAAGGAACUUCGCCAGUGUAACCUACAGCAGUUCAUCCAGCAGACAGGAGUCCCCCCAAGUCAUCCCAGCAUCCAGUCGGAUGACACAGACCUAGCUCACCUCAUGCCCGAUGGACAAAGCGAUGAAGACUCAAACCAUUCAGUGUUGGAAUUCAACCCUCGCACCACUGCCAAGCAGAUCCUGGGUAACCCUCGCAGCCUACAAAACCCACUGGUCUCCAGUCUGCAUCCAGAGGUCUUGUCAUCAAGAGAAGUGUCAUGGCGAUAAAGCUCGGAAUGCAAGCCUGGGGAAUUGUUCACUGUUCACUUUAUAGCCUGUCUAGACAAUUUUGUUUUUUAUUCAGGAUGUAUUCUCUUUGCAUCAUUUUAUGAAAUUGGUUUGUGAAAAUGUUGCUUGUAAGCAUAAAUACACAUAUGUAAAUAUUGUUAUCUUUUUAAUUAUUAAACAGAUUAAGCUGUUGAAUGUAUUUUAUAAACAUUUGUUUUUUUUCUUUUUCAUGAUAUCUAAAUACAUCUGUAAAUGACAUGCAUAAUUAAACAGCAAAACAUGC